UUAGUUAGUCGGGAAGAAAAUAUCACGCUAACGGACGAUGAUUUACUUUUUAUACACGAUACAAUGAUAUCUCUCAUCGUGUACGAGAUCAUGUGGAUCACUCUGAAGUUCCUGCACGUUUGGGCAGUGCUUGCUACUAUGUUUUCAAUAUGUUGUAAAAAGCCUCGAUUGUUGCAAGUGGCGUUCUAUAUAAUCCUCCCCAACUGGAUGUUAGAUAUUCUUAAUAUGGUCUCUUCCAAGUUCUUCCUCAAUCCAAUCUUUCAAGUAAUCUUCUUGGUAGAUAUAUGCUACGACGGCUACAACCUCAUGGCAAUUAACAGUCUCUACAAGCAAAUGUCGCGAAAAUCAAGGAUCGUACCAGGCGAUGAUCUCAACAAUCAAGACAACAGUCCAGAAACUCCGACCACAACAGUCACACCGUUCGCAGAAACAACACUUUAUCAAUGUGUGACUUGCUACAAUUCCGUUCCCCUUGAACAUAGAUCUGAUGUAGUAAAUAUACCACAAGUGAAUAUACCAAUAGAAACACCUGAAGACACUAAUAAUGAUGCUGCAGACAAUACGCAAGAAAACAACGAAGAGAAGAUUUUGAAUUUCAAAGAUGGCCCUAUUAUUUUUAACCAGGAACAACUUGAAGGUGAACAUUCUUAAAGCCAUGAAACGCUGGAUUCAUUUAAAAUGAAUAGUUAAUCUAAUAUAUUAGAUUCAGUAGAAAGAGGCAGCGUAAGAUAGGGCGGCUAGCAAAUGAUUUUAAUAGAGCGACCUCUGAAUGUGGUAGUCACUAAGAGAAUAAUUCCAAAACCAGAAUUUGAGGAGUAUAUACUUUGGAAA